AUGUUGAAAGCGACAUCUGACGGCAAAAAAUUGCGUCGUGUUUAUGAUGUACUCAGUCAUCAUUUCCGACUUUGGUACGUUCGCGCGGAUUUGACCUCCCAUACAAAACACACAGAAAAAAUUUCUCCGUGUCAGAUAAUCGAUCGUAGCGCCGCCACUAAAACUUGUUUUCCUCACUCCCUGAUAAAAAAAUCACUCCCUGAUAUUGCGAUGGCAGCGCCGCCAAUGGUUGCAUAA